CGCGGCGCCGGACGUGAUAAUCCGCCGACUCCGGGGCGGGAGGGAGUGUGGACGACGGACAAGAAAAGUUUGUGGGAGAGUAGUGGGAGCGCGGUGACUGGAGAUUUCGCUGCUCUUGAUUACUUUGCCUUUUAAUCUCCCACUCUCUUUUUGGAUCUGUUAGCAUGGACGCGCUAAAAUCUGCAGGGAGGGCUAUCAUUCGGAGUCCCAGCCUCGCCAAACAGUCAUGGGGAGGAAGCAAGCACAGGAAACUGCCGGAGAACUGGACUGAUACCAGAGAAACUCUUCUGGAAGGCAUGGUUUUCAAUUUGAAAUAUUUAGGUAUGACAUUAGUGGAGCAGCCAAAAGGAGAGGAACUGUCUGCUGCUGCUGUUAAACGGAUUGUGGCCACAGCAAAAGCCAGUGGGAAGAAACUUCAGAAGGUCACAUUAAAAGCAUCUCCAAGAGGCAUCAUUUUGUAUGAUAGUUCUACACAUCAGCUAAUAGAAAAUGUAUCAAUAUACAGGAUAUCAUACUGUACUGCUGACAAGAUGCAUGAUAAAGUGUUUGCAUAUAUAGCACAAAGCCAACACAAUGAAACUCUGGAAUGUCAUGCUUUCCUUUGCACCAAAAGAAAAGUGGCUCAGGCAGUAACACUCACUGUGGCACAGGCAUUCAGAGUGGCAUUCGAGUUUUGGCAAGCAGCCAAAGAAGAGAAAGAAAAAAGACUGAAGUCUGGAUCUGAUGGUGAAGUGGCCAGCAGUUCCCAGUCAGAAAGCUCAGCUAGCCUAGCAAGUCUGAGGGGAGGAGAAGUGGCCACUGGAAACCUGUUGGACUUGGAGGAUGGAAUGAUACCAACUUUAAAUGCAGAUAUUGGCGCCUGUCAUUCAGAUGAGAGCUUCACUCUGCACCAAAACACUUGUGUUAAUAACAACAUUGUAUGGGAAAUUGACGAUGGUCUAGAUGAAGCCUUCUCAAGCCGCAGUCUGGAUAGCUUUGAAUCGGCUACAGACUCGCUGAGUCUAGAACUAACCCCCAGGUCUUGGACAUUGGAGUGAACCCACAGGACUUUCAGACAGAGUGCCUUUCUCCCACAGACUGGGAUAAAGCAGAUAUGGGCACGAGUGACCGAGACGACAUCUUUAGCUUCUAAGAAUUACUUCUAACAAGUGGAGAUCCAGCGCCGCUCAAGGUUGUCUGUCUUGGAGAGACUGCUGCUAUAGCCACGAAGAAGCUUGAGCUGAAUUAAAGUGUGGACAUGGGAUACCAUAUAUAUUUAUAUUGUCCUCUCAGCUUCCAGAUGCUUCAGACCAAAGCAAUAAAACCUUUACAUCACUAUUUGUUUUUUUUUUUUUUUUUUUUUUUUUCUUCAGACACAGGAGUUUUGUCAUGUGGAAAAAUUUUUAUCUCGGCUCUUUGAACUUUUGCCUUUUUGGCAUCAUUGUUUAAUGUGUGUGUGUGUAUAUAUAUAUAUUCACCUGAGACUUUUUAUAGCUUUGCCAUCUUGAUAUUUAUAAACACUUUUGUAUUGCUUUAAAAGCAUCACAGCACAUUUUUUUCAGUAGUGAUUAGUUUACACUAUUUAUUCAGCAGUAGAUGUUUUACAAGAUUAGUUGACCUGCUGAUGUGCUUUUGCAUCUCUCACACCAAAUGAUCAGUGGAUGUUUUUUAAUUAAAGAUGAUUGGUAAGUUUAAUUGUUACUGGAAGCAAAAUAAUGAAAAGGUGCACUUUAAUAUACAGUUCUAAACAGAAUCAGUAUAACAAACUAAGAUUGUUUUUUAGUGCUUGAUAUGUUGCAGUUUAACUUGUUUUCCUUGAAGUGUGUGAAGACUCUGGAACCAACAUGAGGAUUUGUCUGGAAAUUUGUUUUAGAUUGGACUGAUGAAGUUUAAAUCCGACAUCUCAAUUGAGCUUUCACUUGCAGAAAGAGCUAAAUGGACAACUUGUCUUAGGUAAUCUGCAAAUAUCAAAGGCAAAGUGCUUUUAAUUUGCCAAAGGUACAACUGUCAAAGAUCCAAAGUCUUGUAUAUAGCUCAAACAAAUCUCCUUGGAUUCUAAAGGAACAGUUUUUUUCGUUGUCAAUAGUUCCUUAUGUAGCCUGUUGAAAUAUUUUUAUACCUUCUCACCUUUUUUAAAAUCACUGUAUUGUUGUAAUUUUUGGCUGUCCUUCCCCCACCAUAUUUUAAUAACAUCCAGUGCCAGUUACCUAUGUACCAAAUCAAUCACCAAAUAAAAUGUAUGUGAAAAGGUUUCCUUUCUUACUCACUAUUGCCUUGUGUACUGUGGGAAUUGAAAAGCUAGUUUAGUUUUCAAACUAGAGUAUGCCAUCUUACUACAAUGUGCACACUCCAAAAUACUUUAUUGUCCAUAUCCAGCUAUCAAGUAGUUUAUGAGCUAACUUGGCAAUGUCUGAAAUGUACAGCAUUAUAUUCUAUUCCUAUUUUCCCUUCCCUACUUAAGCACUUCACUGUUAAUGCUUUUGUUAGAUUAAGAGUGUGGAUGACACUUGAACUUAAUUGUUGAUUUGAUCAAGCAAACUAGAACUGCAUAAAGCCAUGCUUUUUGCCUACAUCUAGCAUAUAAUGGAUGUGUGGCAUUACAUUAUACAAAAGAAUUUUGCUGUUAAUCUAGAUUGUUAAAUGAAAAAUAGUCUCUGCUGUUCUGCUUCUUUCAUUAUAUUACCUGUGCUUAUUUAUCCAUCCAUCCAUCCAUCCAUCCAUUUUCCAACCCGCUGAAUCCGAACACAGUGUCACGGGGGUCUGCUGGAGCCAAUCCCAGCCAAUACAGGGCACAAGGCAGGAACCAAUCCCGGGCAGGGUGCCAACCCACCGCAGGGCACACACAAACACACCCACACACCAAGAGCACACUAGGGGCAAUUUAGAAUCGCCAGUCCACCUAACCUGCAUGUCUUUGGACUGUGGGAGGAAACCCACGCAGACUUGGGGAGAACAUGCAAACUCCACGCAGGGAGGACCCGGGAAGCGAACCCAGGUCUCCCAACUGUGAGGCAGCAGCGCUACCCACUGCGCCACUGUGCCGUCCUUGCUUAUUUAUCUUCUGUUUUAUUGAUUUAUGGGAAUAUCAGUCUUAGACUUUAAGCGAGGUUCUUUUCACUGCUUUAACUCUUCAAAACCCUAAGCUAUUUUUCAGUCACCUUUACCUAUUUUGAAGCUUUUUCUUUAAGUGACAUGUUGACUCUGUCAGUGUAGCCCUGAACUCAAUUCAGUGCUAUUAAAUUAGAGAAACUAUUUAUUGAUCUAGCCACCUGCAUUCUGUUUACCAACUUCCAGUGCUGUUGAGCCAUUUAUGAUAAAUCUUUUCUGCUGAACCUAAUAUCAGAAAACUUGCAUUUUAGAAUUCAAGAUUAGUGUGUUUCAAAACAAUCCACCCCCUAAAGAAACCCUUGGCAGGUCCCUGUUGAGAGCUUUAGAGUGUGGCUCAGAUAUAACCUUACAUGGUCAGCCAAAGGGCAACUGCUUUAAAAAGUGUUGUACUAAUUAAGCUUGAAAUAAAACAAA